AUGACAAGGGCCGUGCAAGCCAUCGCAGACACUGCCAGCGCCAUGCUGCGUGAAGCUGGCGGUCAUGAAGGACGAGAAGUUCGGAGCGUCGUCCAGUCCAAAGAAUGGGUUCACAUGGAUCAUCCACGAAGGAGCUGCUUUGAUCUGACUGCAGGUCCCAUAUCCGCCGGCUGGAAAGGCCGGUGGAAGACGGCUCUUCUAAGCCUGGCAUUUGCGAUUCUCUUCGUUUGGCAAUGGGCCACCAGGUAUCGAUUCGUCCGGACUGGCUUCGUGCGCUUCAACAGCUUGAUUGCACCGCUGCUGAUGUCCGACCUCUCGGAGGGGCAGCUCUUCCACCGCCUCGAAGGCAUGGGCAUGAACCUUCCUGCUGGGGGCUGCGUUUGGGACAUUGGCGCGAAUGACGGCGUCUGGAAUUCCAAUUCAUUUUAUUUGAUAAACUAUUUGAACUACACCGCCACUCUCUUCGAACCAGACGCAGAGGUUUUCCUGUCCCUACGGAAGCGCUAUGCGGCCGCCAGCUCCGCCUUCCGGGGCCGCGUGGAGCUCUUCAACUGUGGCUUGGUCGAGGCCACGAAGCUCAUGGAGUACCGGGUUUUUCCUGCAUCUUUGGAAAGCACGCUGGUCAAGGACAAGAAGCGGCAAUUUGAUCCCAAACCAGACUUCAUCUACCACAUAGCCGCAGUAGAUGCGCGGCUGGUAUGUGAGCAACAAAGAGAGUAUGUUCGACAAGGUCGCUGUGGCCGACAGCCCUUCACGGUGCUUUCCAUUGACGCUGAGGGCUACGACAGGGCGAUCUUUGGUCGUGUGCAACAGCAAGGUUGCACCUUCGACGUUGUGAUCAUCGAAGCCGAUCGCGACAUUGUGGAGCCCAUGCGUGGCAUGGGAUACAAGGAGGGUGAGACUGUGGAAGUGCCCGCAGAAGAGGCCGCAGAUGAGGCGGAAGAGGUGCCGCCGGAGGGCGAGGAGGCAGAAGGGGAAGCUGAUGCCGCCGAACCUGCAGAAGAGGUGGAAGAAGUUCCACAGCUAACGGAGACGGACAUCCUGGUGCGAAUGGGCACCUGCCCCCCUUCUGCGGGGGAAAGUGGCCUGAAAGGAAUAUUCAUCAACGUCACCGGGCCCAGAUUCCAAUGCCCUGCGCUUGCAACGUGCGAGUGCACGAUCACAUUCUGUGUAGGAUCCGGUGUGACGAAGUGCUGA